AUGCAGUCGUUCACAUUUUUCAUAUUUUCAUUGCUAGCAAAUAUACAUUUCGCAGAGAGUGUUGUUUGCAUUCCACCAAGUGUACCAGCAAAAGAUAACCAAGGUGUUGAAUGUUGCAGACUACCUUCGGAAAUAUUUCCUCAUAAAGUAAUUUAUGAGGAAUUUUGCAACACAGUUUAUUUUGGUGUCAUGGCGGAUGGUCCAAAUGGUCGAUUUUGUCGAUUGAGUAGCAUCCAACUGAGACAAUCGGUGGAGUGUGACUCUGGAUGGGUUAAAUUUUUCGAAGGAUUUAAUCAAUUUUGCUAUAAAGCAUUUUCCAUCAAAAAUGAAACAUUCGAUAUAGCAAAUAAGGCAAUCGGUGAUCCAUGUGAAAAUGAAAGGAAGUCGGCGAGGCUUGUGCGAAUACCAAAUCAAAGCAUUAAUAUGUUUCUUUAUGUGAAAGUAUUAAAUGGUGCACAAAAUUUAUCAUGUUUUACAACGGAUGAAAAUACUUAUUAUUACUACAUUGGCUUAUACAGAAAAGAUUUCGACUGGCGGUGGUAUGCUUAUCACGAAAAAGCUUACUCACAUUUGGAAGAACAGGGACAAAUUCUGUUGGAUUAUUUGAAUUCACCACGACCACAACACGUUUGGUCUGAUGGAACAGAAAUUUUUGCGAAGGGUUGGAAUGAUAUCAAUGAUAUCACCACGAAUGUUAUCAUUUCUAAUUGUGGGAUGUGGCGCGAUGUCAAUAAUUCUCGAACAAAUUUUAAGCAUGGCAAAAAACUUGUGCCAAAUCAAGGCUUUAUUUGUGCUUAUCAUGUGUGA